AUGGAUCCUCCCGCUCAAAACAUCACUUCGUCCUCCAGCGGCGGGUUGUUCGCUCCGUUCUUCAUCCGCUCUCAGAUCAAGAACCUGAAGGCUGAAAAACGUUUGAAUAUGCCACGACCCACAACUCGUGAGGAAGUCCUCGCCAGACUUGUCAAGACAGUCGCACAGGGCUGGAUCAUUGUCGGCGCUGGAGCUGGUACGUACACUAUUGCCUGCCAGCCAGAAAUCUACGAGGGCAUUGAACGAGCUCGUCUCACGCAUUAUCUCCUAGGCACUGGUCUCUCAGCCAAAUCAGUCGAGAAUGGCGGCUGUGACCUCAUUCUCGUCUACAAUUCAGGACGUUUCCGUAUGGCCGGUCGCGGGUCUCUAGCUGGAUUGAUGCCCUAUUCGGAUGCAAACCAGGUGGUAGUGGAGAUGGCCGCCGAGGUCUUGCCCGUGGUGAAGAACACGCCUGUACUGGCCGGCGUCUGUGGAACUGACCCCUUCCGAGAGAUGCGCACCUUUCUCUCCGAAUUGAAAAGAAUCGGCUUCGUUGGUGUGCAGAACUUCCCGACUGUUGGUCUCAUUGAUGGACAAUUCCGUCAAAACCUGGAGGAGACAGAGAUGGGCUAUGAUCGAGAAGUUGAGAUGAUCAAGAUCGCCCAUGAGCUUAACCUCUUCACCACCCCUUACGUCUUCACUCCUGAUGAUGCAAUUGCAAUGGCCCAAGCUGGCGCGGACAUGGUCGUCGCUCACGCUGGACUGACCACCUCCGGUGACAUCGGCGCAAGAUCCGGCCGGUCGCUUGAAGAUUGUGUGAAAUUCGUCCAAGAUAUUCGAGAUGCUGCUCAUCAGAUCAAUCCGGAGAUUCUGGUGCUUUGUCACGGCGGACCGAUCGCGCGACCCUCGGAUGCAGAAUUUGUCCUGUCACGCACCAAGGGAGUGCAUGGUUUCUUCGGAGCCAGCAGCAUGGAGCGUUUGCCGGUAGAAAUUGCGAUCAAAGAGAAUGCAGCCGAAUUUAAGCGGCUGAGGGUUCGACUAGAAUGA